CUAGUGCUUUUCCUAAUCGUAUGAAUGACUCAAUAAUGCAGAACAAGAUACGCACAACAUGCAUUUAAUAUUUAUUCCUGCUCCUCUUUCUGUCUUUGCCUGCAGCAAAUUUAUGCCAUCAAUGUCACUCAUUUGAUCGAUGAAGCUCUGGACUGAGAGAAACAGCUUCCUCACUGGCCUAAGGCCAGCUCAAUGGCUUUGACGGCAAUUUCAAAUGCUGAGAAUUGGAAACUGUUGCUGACUUGGUGAGCAGAUGAACCUUUAUUCAAUGCCCUGAUGGCUAGUGAUCAUGAUGUUAAACAAGCCUUGCUUUCUGAGAAGAACGAUCGUUCUCAACUUAGUAACGAAAAGAAUGUAGUCGUCAAGAGAAGAAAAAACCGCCAAGAUAAAAACCACCUCAACCAAAAUGAAGUAGUAAUACAGACUCCUGCAGAUUGUGAGCCAAUGUAUGUGAAACCACAGUUUAGUUUAAAGCAAGUGGUCUUGAUGUUGAUUUCAUACAUAGGUGGAGGCACCUUCUGUUUUUUCCUGGUCAGGAAUCAGAUUAAAGGCGAAAAAACAAAUCCAAUUCUUGAUUCCAUGUACUUGUGUGUAGUCACAAUGAGCACUGUAGGAUAUGGAGACCUUGUUCCCAAUAGCCCAAUGGCAAAGCUACUUGCGUGUAUUUUUGUGUUCUCUGGAAUGGCUCUUGUUGGUUUGAUUCUUGGCAAGGCAGCAGAUUACAUUGUAGAGAAGCAGGAGGUGCUUUUGGUUAGGGCCAUACACUUCCACGAAAAAGUUGGCCCUGCCGAGCUUCUUAAGGAGGUUGAAUUAGACAAAGUCAAGUUCAAAUGUAUUACUGCAGGAAUCCUUCUUGUGUUACUUUUUGUAAUUGGAACUGUGUUCUUGUGUGUGGUUGAGGAACUGGAAGUUUUGGAUGCUAUCUAUUGCGUUUGUUCCACCAUUACUACUCUCGGUUACGGGGAUAAGAGCUUCUCAACUGCAGCUGGUCGAAGUUUUGCUGUGUUGUGGAUAAUUUCAAGUACAGUUUGCUUAGCACAAUUCUAUCUCUACCUUGCUGAACUCUACACUGAAAGAAGGCAGAGAUCACUCGUCAGGUGGGUGCUUACUCGAAGAUUGACGCCCUCCGAUCUUGAAGAAGCAGAUCUUGAUCACGAUAAAGCCGUCAGUGCUUCCGAGUUUGUGAUAUAUAAGUUGAAGGAAAUGGGGAAGAUCAGCCAGGAGGAUGUUUCCCUUGUCAUGGAAACUUUCAAGAAGCUUGACAUUGAUCACUCAGGAACUUUGACAGCAUCUGAUCUAUUACCGCCAACACCCCGUCAAGCUUAGCUUUGACAGCAUCAAACCGAUGAGUGGUAGUCUGGGCGGCCAGCAACAUAAUCAAUGAUUCCUUGACCUUGCGUUUCACCAUGAACUUCGGUUGACAGCUUCGAAACACCACCAAAGGCGAUUAUCGCCACCAAAAACAGAGUUGUGGAGGCCAGGAGAGGCCAAAAGUAACUCAGAAUGGUUAGAAUCCGAGGGGCUGCAUAUAACAGCAAGGAAAAGACUAAUGAAACGAAGAUUGCAAUGCCAAAGUGAUAUCUGUACUGCAAAAGCUGUGGUGAGAUAUCCAUGGCCUUUCCCUGCCUCAUGAAAUAUAAAGAAUCAAACGGUUGUCUCUCUAGAGAAAGAGAGACAGAAAUAGAGAGAGAUUGUGGUUAUAUCUGUUUAAUUUCUUUAGGCGCUUGUAAUUUGCAGAAUAUGGUUAUAUCUCUCUUUCAUGGAGUUUGUUUGCUUGGUCCUU